AUGUCAGACUUGUGGAACAAGUGGAACCCGCUGAGUGGGAGUGAAGCGGCGGGCGUUGUGGAUAACAUGACGACGCAGGAUGAAUCGGCGUUCAAGUUCCUCGACCUCACAAGAACGCAACGGUUGUACGGCUUCGGCAUCUGUGUCGUAGUCGGCUUCGCCCUCUCCCUCCUCGGCGCCAUCUUUUUCGCCCUAGGACAAGUCGCCCUUUUCGCAACGCUCUACGUCGUAGGCGUCGUCGCGAGUCUCGUAGGCACUGGGUUUCUGCUAGGGUUCAUGAAGCAGCUGAAGAUGAUGUGGGAUCCGGUGCGGCGGUAUGCGGCGGCCAUCUUCUUGCUCUGCAUCGCCCUCACAUUCGUCUUCGCGUUCGUGAUCAGCAUCGACGUGCUGGUCAUUGUCUUUGCGGUCUGCACCUACCUCGCCUACGCAUGGUACUCGCUCAGCUACAUCCCAUACGCACGAACACUCGCCAAGAAGAUGUGGCCGUUCUGA